UUGCUGGAGGCAGCCUGGUCUACCUGCGGAUGUUGUGAAUUAGGAGCUGGCCAAAGAGUGGGAGAGCUCCAGGAUCCCUCCCCGGAAAAGCUGAGAAUGGAAAAUGUCUUCUGUGCUGACUGACAGUUGAGUGAAGAGAGUGCUGCUGGGGUGAGUGCAGAAGAAUGGCUGCGGCAGAACCUCUGACCGCUUUCUCCCGAUGGUACCUCUAUGCCAUCCAUGGCUAUUUCUGUGAGGUGAUGUUCACAGCUGCCUGGGAGUUUGUGGUCAACUUCAACUGGAAGUUCCCCGGUGUUACCAGUGUGUGGGCACUCUUCAUCUACGGCACCUCCAUCCUCAUCGUGGAGAAGAUGUAUCUGUAUCUCAAAGACAAGUGUAACAUUUUAGUGCGCUGCUUGAUUUACACGCUGUGGACAUACCUCUGGGAGUUCACCACUGGCCUCAUCCUACGCCAGUUCAAUGCCUGCCCAUGGGACUAUUCCCAGUUUGAUUUUGACUUCAUGGGCCUGAUCACCCUGGAGUAUGCCAUCCCAUGGUUUUGUGCUUCUUUCAUCAUGGAGCAGCUGGUGAUCAGAAACACCCUGCGCUUACGAUUCGAUGAGACUGCCGAGCCUGGGGCCCCCACCACGCCUGUUGCCUUGGCCAAUGGCCACGUGAAGACAGAUUGAGCAGCUGCUUAGAGCCAUACUUAGCAAUCUGAAAGAGCCUAAAUCUCUACCACUGACAGCCAGCUCUGGCUCUGAGGUACUGCUCCUUGCUGUAUAAGAUUCAUAACCCCAUUUUUCUAAUGGGGGUAUGCAUGGGAUAUACCAGAAAAAUUGGAACCAAUAGAUUUUCUAUGGAUUUUACUCUUUGGGCUCCAAGGACCAAUAUCAGUUACUUGUUAGUUAGGUUGUUUCUGAUUUUAACUUAUUACUGAUGAAAGCAGUCCUUUUGCUUACACUUUAAAGUGGAGAAAGAAGAAAAAAGAAAUGCUACGGUGGAAAUGCAUCCUAUAAAACCCCACCUAAUCAGUGGAUGGGCAUGGACACGCCAGCUGAGUUAGUGAUUGGCUUACUCCAUUAGGCAAUAUUCAGGUGCUUGCUUGCAACCAAUACCUCCCGUGGGACCUGAGAUGCUGCAGGAACAAGCAAAAUCCAUCUGCUGUUGAGAAGUACCUAAGACUGGCAGUCUGCUGGGGAGGUAGAUGGUGUUCCCCUCACCAGGUCCCACUGGCCUCUCCCCAGGUUCUUUGUUGCACCAUGAAAUAAUCUGGUGCUGGACAUCUUGCUGAACUUAUAUGGAUAUUGUACUUUUUGAAAUCUCAGUCCUGAUACUUCUGAUACUCAAUAGAAAUAUUAUCUUUCUUUUUUUUUUCUUCCUUCUUUUUUUUCUUCCUUUUCUUUUUCUAAAAAAAGGCCUUUUUUGCCAAGUGAAUUUUACCAUAAUCUGUGCUAUCUGAAUCUUGGCAAAAGGCGCAAGAAAUAAUGCAAGUCUUCCCAUCUCCUUUGUCCCCCCAAAGCAGAUCUUGCUGCAGAUUCCAGCUCCCAUCUCAGCCAUGCAAACCUUGUAGAGACUAUAUAGCCCACAAGACUUUUCAGCCUUCCUUUCCAGGGAUUCCUCUGUUUCUGGUGAUGUCGAUGACUUAGUCUGGCUGCAGCUCACUGUAUUUGAAGGUCAAAACUUCCAUGUGGCUAACCCAGGAUUUGGUCCUCUGACACUGACUGCCAUGUUCCUUCAGCACUGGCAAACAACAACAAAACCAACAAAAAACUAAACACCUGUCUCUGAAAAGCCUGCACUUCUUCAUGCUCUGCCUGAACGAGGCUUUGAGUUAGGGUGUGAGAGCAGCAGUGUAGAGGUGGAGUAGGAGGGGCUGCUGUGGCUUCACUGUAGACCUACCUGCACCAGGUACAGUUUGAAAUUUAACCUGUUGGGAGCACUUACAGAGAACAAGGACACCUAUGGUGCAGGAAAGGUGUUUGAUAGUGGCAGCCACAAGUUUGGAAUUCCCUCUGUCAAGUCUUGGCCUUUGAAGUUAGCAAGAAACAGAGAGCUUCCAGCUGUCAGAUGUCUCACUCCUGAACUGAUUUAUGGGGAAGGUUUGCCAGAGCUGUCCCAUAAGUAAGGCCAGAUUAAUUUUUUUUUGUUCUUCCACCACAGUCAGCAGAGCUGUACCAGGGAUAAUUUGUCUUGAAAUGCAAAUCUGUUGUAGGAUUCCACUCUUGGAAAUAGUUGGGCCAUUUCAAUGUAUGUCCCUUGUUUCUGGUAGAGGGUGCUCAGCUAUGAACCUGUUCUUGCCCUGGUGCAGCCAUUCCUGAGAGGAAAAGCACUGCUGGCCCUGUGAGUAGAAUUGUUUCUUGGUUCUGCUGUUACAGGGCAGUGUCAAUCCUUCUUUGUUAUUACACAGAGAGCAAUUAUUUUAUUCCUUCCCUUCCCCUUUUCAUAUGGCAUUCAUUGCUGGCAAUGGACACAUGAAAACUGUGAUGGCAAGGAGUUAAUCGAAUAUGCCCUGGAUAUGCAACGUAUCCCAAAUCACUGAGAAUACUUAGGUGGGUAUUUAGAGUUCCCUUUUUACAGUUCAUUAAAUUAAAAGAGAACAAACACUGAACAGAUAGUUCUUUUGAUGCUGUGAUGCCAGUGUUAUGAAAUCAGAGGAACAGUAUGUAGUUUAUCUGCCUUGUUGGUCUUGGGAGUACAGACCUGGACAAAAUAGUCACCUGAAACUGUACAUGGAGGGGAAAAAAAGGAGUUUUGUGUGGGGGAUAAUGUAGAUGAGCUCUACUGGAGCAGAACAAGAAUAACAAGAUGCAGAUGAGAGUUGGGAUCACACCAUUUUGGCCCUGGUUAUGUCAUGAUCACCAAAUGCAGUGUCUAAAGCUGGGUUGUCCUCUCACAGCAUAGCUUAAAUGUGGUGUUGUGCUGCCUCCUACACCACCCCCACAUCAUGUCAAACCCUCAGCUUUAUAGAAAGAUCCUUAGGAUCCCUGCUUUCUCCUUAGCUGUUACAAAACUCUUUGGAAAGGUUAAAAAGAGUUGGCAGUAUGGUGUGGAGGACUGGCUGUCUGCAGAGCUAACCUGGUGUGCAAUAGCAGUUGUGUCUGUUAUUGUCUGUACUUAAGAAAGUCCCGUAUAAAUGACAUUUUAUUUGUAUUUUGCUGAGUGAUGUAAUAUUUAACUGCUCAAAAUAUGGAAGGGUUUCCCAGCAGCAUCUAGUACCUUAGGGCAUUGUUCUUACUGCCUGUGUCAUUGAAACAGCUGUUGUAGUCUGCUUUCCACUGGUGUCUGACGUGUACCACCCAGCUACUGCAUCUUCAUAGAGUGGUAAUUUAUACCCAGAAGUGCACUUUACUUGCAGCUUGCACACCAGAAACAGAAAAGGACCUGGCAAAUUCUUAAAUAAUUUAAUUAUGUAUAAUACCACAUACCUAAUGCAGCAGGAAUAGCCAGACUUCUCCUUUCUGAGCAACGUGGCUGCUGUCAAAGCUUUGUCUUUUCUGCAAAAUCUCCCUUUUUAAUACAUGUGAUGCUUCUUAUAACAUCUUGCAGAACUGCCCAGAGCACGUUACCAGGAUCUCAGUGGCAGCUCAGUGAGAGCUUGGGAGCUGGACUGAAGUUGAAGAGACAUUUACAUUAAGAAGAAGAAAAAACGCACAAGGCCUAACAUUUGUUUGUAUGUGUAUCUUCCUCAGUAGAUUAAAGUUGCCUGUUUUGAGUUCACCAGCAAUAAAAAAAACCUUGUGAUUUAUCUACCUUGUCCUAACUGCAGCAAAGAGAAAGUGACCCUGAUCUCUGCCUUUCUUUUCCAGGGGGUGGUGGGAUAUGGACUCCCCGAUGUUCCAGUUUUGCAUCUCUCUCUUACUUGUCUCAUGUACAGUCCACCCUAAAGGAUCUCAAAAUGUGUGAUAAAUAAAUACAGAGUCUGGUGUCCAUCACACAAGAGGCAGUUCAAGCAUUACUGUGGUAUCUGUUCUUACUCCAAAGAUCUUGCCAGAGGGGAAUGUUUGAUCUAGAGCAGGACCAGAUGGCAUUUUGGUAUUUUGUGUUAUAAUUGAGAGAAAUGUGUACAUACAUACCAGGUACUAUUGUGCCUUUGGUCGGAGUGCGUUUUGUAAUUAAAGCAGAAUAAUCCAAUCAAGAUUUUGCUUGAGUAGUCUUGUGACUAUAAAAGGUAAAAAAAGACUGCAAGGCUUUAGCUGCUUUGAGAAUUAGGAAGCAGGUGACUGAAGUCCUGAGUUUAGCAUAGCUCUGCUGCUGACUGGUUUUCUAAAACCUGCAGAGAAAGAAAGGGGAUUUCUUCACUCGUGGAAACUUUUGCCCUUUCUGUAAAUAAAACAUGAACCACAACCAAGAUGUGAACU